GAUUAUAAACAAAAUGGAAAAACUUUUCAAUUUAUUAAAAUAUUAAAAGUUGAGUUAAUUGUUGAAAACACGUAUAGAUUGCAACAAUAGAUAUGUCUAAUGUAUUAUGUGCUAUUGAAAUAUGUUUUAGACUUCAUCUUUCAAACAUAGACUACACACUGCAACAGUAAAACGACCUGCAAAUGGCUGAUACUUUUUUGAGUUUCAUCCAGGAAAAUUACUGGAUAAUUAUAAUCUUUAUCAUUGUGAUCCUCCUACUUGUGGCAUCCGUGGUGUAUGCAGUAUGCAAAUGCAGUUGCAGAUUCCAGAACUAUCGGAGAUAUGACUACACAGCUUUGGAGGAAGAUCUUGCCCUCCCAGAGAAGAUGGAAAUGGAGAAGAGAAUGAAAAGAGAAGCAAUUAGAGAAACUGCUCUUAUAACAUGCCAGUUCUACUUGAGGUCUAGUGGGAUCUACACGAUGAUGGAUCAUCUCAAUGAGAUGGGAAGCAGGGUUAACAAAACUUGGUUCUUGGUGAAACAUAUUAAAACAAAGAGGGACUAUUUGUUGACAUUGGUGCCAAGGAGCCCUCAGAUGGUUGUUCCGUUUACUAAACUCACGCUUGAAACAAUCAAUGGAAUAUUCUCAAGCAUUCAGCAUCCAUAUAUUUAUCCCAUUCACCAAGUGGAUUUUGUGGAAGAACAAGAUCUGAUAGGAGUUGUGCAACCUCUCAAUGCUAAAGGCUCACUGAAAGAUCUCAUUUAUCAGGCUAGAUGCAUGGAUUGCUGGGGAGAGAAGUACAAUUGUAGAAGUAAAUGUUUGCCAAUAGAACAGGUCAGACUAUUUGGGAGACAGAUACUGGAGGCCCUGAUGUAUCUUGAGGAUAAGGGGUUGCGGCCAUUUUGUCACUUGCAUUCUGGGAAUGUGAUGGUUGUGAAUAAUAUAUGCAAACUGACAGGCUUUGAGAACAAUUUCUUUGGCUUCACAUCAAGAGCUUCAACACUAAUAAGACGCAGGAUAAAGGACAACAAGAACUCAAUAGACACCAUGUGUUUUGGUCACUUGUUGUUUGAGAUGUGCAGUGGCUAUGAAUUAGAUACAGCUGAACCUGACACAAAACAUCUCAUCUCACUGGGAAACUCUCCUGCAUUAGAGGUGCUUGAUUACAUAUUUGCUAGAGAAAAUGAUGGAUAUCCAAGCAUUAAAGACAUAUCUAAGCACUCAUUCUUUAAAGAUGUAAGAUGUAAGGAGUUACAGAGUUUCUACCCUCCAGUGGUAAAACUGAACUCUAACAUGAAGAACUUACUAAAGGCUGUCAGGAAAGGGAAGAAAGAUCGAAAGCUGAGUCGAAGUAAAUCUCACAUUGAAAGGGAACAGGGAAACAGACGACGUAGUCGGACCAAGGAGAGUAUCACCCCACCCCCUCCAACAGCUUCCACCAGCAAAAAAUCACCUUUGCCUCCUGCACCACCGAUGCCUCCAGCAGCGCCAUCUUUACCACCUCCAACAAUGCCCUUAAAAAGUGAGAAUAAGAACUAUGCUCCAAAUAAGGCUUUGGUCUCUUCAGGGAAUGGUUCCAGCCGUAGUGCCUUAUUAGGAGACAUUCGUAUGGGAAGACAAUUAAAAAGUGUCACAACCAAUGAUCGCAGUAAUCCAAGAGUUUAAUGAAGUGGAUACAAAAGGUUAUGAGUUUCAAGUUUA